CCUGUUAAAAACGAAAGUCUCAUUCUAGUAGGGAAGCACAGAUCAAAAUAUCCUGUUAGAUAUCUUGCUGACAUGGAGUACGCUGUUACUGAUGAUACUCACUACGGCGGAUUGAAAGACGAAGACCGAAUAUUCACCAAUCUCUAUGGGCGUCAUGACUUUAAGCUCAAGGGAGCUUUGUCAAGGGGCGACUGGUACAAAACGAAAGAUAUUUUGCUGAAAGGACCGGAUUGGAUUAUCAAAGAAAUUACGAAGUCUGGCCUAAGGGGACGUGGUGGUGCAGGAUUUCCUGCUGGCCUAAAGUGGAGUUUUAUGAAUCAUCCUUUUGACGGAAGACCAAGGUAUCUGGUGAUAAAUGCGGACGAAGGUGAACCAGGAACAUGUAAAGACCGUGAAAUACUUCGACAUGAUCCUCACAAAUUACUGGAAGGAUGUUUGAUUGCCGGAAGGUCUAUGGGUGCAAGAGCUGCGUACAUUUACGUUCGAGGUGAGUUUUACAACGAAGCAAACAAUCUGCAGUUGGCAAUUCAAGAGAAACGCAUGCGGAUCCGGGUACGACUUCGAUAUAUUUGUCCAUCGCGGUGCAGGGAGUCGUUGGAAGGCAAACAAGGCAAGCCUCGUUUGAAGCCACCAUUUCCGGCAGAGAUAUAUUUACAGACCAUAUGUCGUCGAGGUGGAGAUUGGUUCGCUUCGUUCGGUCGAAAUAAGAACCAUGGAACCAAGUUGUAUUGUAUAUCCGGCCAUGUGAAUGCUCCGUGUACGGUCGAAGAAGAGAUGUCCAUACCAUUGAAGGAACUGAUCGAACGUCACGCCGGUGGAGUCAUCGGCGGAUGGGACAACUUGCAGGCAAUUAUUCCUGGCGGUUCUUCGGUUCCUCUGCUUCCAAAGAAAAUCUGCGAAACUGUACUCAUGGACUUCGAUGCUUUGAUUCAAGUGCACAGCGGACUGGGUACGGCGGCCGUGAUUGUCAUGAACCAGCAAGUGGACAUUGUACGAGCGAUUGCGCGCCUGUCUAAGUUUUACAAGCAUGAAACUUGUGGGCAGUGCACACCAUGUCGCGAAGGCUGUUCGUGGCUGGACAGGAUCAUGUGGCGGUUCGUCGACGGUAAAGCGGUUUCUGAAGAAGUGGACAUGAUCUGGGAGUUGACCAGGCAGAUGGAAGGCCACACGAUCUGCGCUUUGGCUGAGGCCGCGGCGUGGCCCGUGCAAGUAUGCAUCGUUGUUGCGAUUUCUUCGUUUCAGUCUGCGUUCUCAUUCUCUUAUCACUGUCGCGUUUCUUCGAUCAAUUAUUGCAAAGUCUUUUAA